UGGAGCGCGCCUAUAAAAUGAGCAAAACACGACGCGCUCUCGAACAGUCGCUCGACUUACGGAGAUAAAACGCGGCGACCGUCCCAAUCAGUCGACGUACAGCGCUGCAACAACAAAGACCACGACUAGAAGACUAAGAACUGAGUGCAAAAGUAAAUAAAUAGCGAGUUUUAACUGUGUUUUGAUACGCGUGGCGCACAAAUCAAGCAAAAACAGUGUGGCAAACCCAACUAGAAGACAAAUAAUUUGGCCAGCCAUAAACUAAACUAAACUUUUUAUGGCUCAGCAGCAUCAAAAGAACAUAAGCAGCAGCAGCAAUAGCAACAGCAGCUAGCAAACACACAACAGCGGAAACAACAAACAACAUUGCUGAUUUAUACAAAUACAAAUAGUUCACUUUUUGCAACAAAGCGAUUUAAAGCACAAUUGAUAUAUUGUUGUAAUUAUUAUAGUUGUUCUUGUUGCUGUUGUUGUUGUUAUUCGAACUGCACGCAAAAGACUUUUGCCAGCUGUUCGUUGGAGCGAAAUUGCGGUAAAAGUACAAUACACGAAAAUCGGAAAAUCCAAUAAGAAAAGCGAGAGUGUACUUGUGGCUGUAUCUGUGUGUGUAAGCGGGGCCCCGGUCAACGUCCUGCCUAAAAGUAGGGUUAUGUACGCUCGUAUCCUCGCUGCUGCUAUCGUCGGCUGCUGCUGAAGGUGAGCGAAGGACAUUGCGCCUACCGGCUGCUAUACCACGUAGUAAAGGCGACCGACCCACAGAGCCACAACUGAUUAUAAAAAAAAAAAUACCAACACUCACAAAAGACACUCAACAUGCGCAUUUUUCCUGUACGCCUCUCGGCCGCCUCGUCCUCGAUGGCGAGCCUGGCCAAAAUGUUGGAUUUCUACUCGGGCUUCAAUCCGUCGCCGCUGUCAAUAAAACAGUUUAUGGAUUUUGGUCAAAAUGCAUGCGAAAAGAAAUCCUUUAUAUUUCUGCGCAAGGAGCUGCCCGUGCGGCUGGCGAACAUCAUGAAGGAGAUUGCUUUACUGCCCGACAAUCUGCUGCACACACGAUCCGUGAGCGAGGUGAGCUCGUGGUAUGUGAAGAGCUUCGAGGAUGUGCUGGAGUACGAGAAGGUGGAGCCCACGCAUGAAAAUCUGCAAAAAUUUGUUCGCGAUUUGGAUCUCAUUAGGAAUCGUCACAAUGAUGUGGUGCAGACCAUGGCGCAGGGCGUCAUCGAGAUGAAGGAGAACGAGGGCGGCAAUGUGGAAGCGCCCACGGAGAGCUCCAUACAAUAUUUCCUCGAUCGGCUCUACAUGUCGCGCAUUAGCAUACGAAUGCUGAUCAAUCAGCACACUCUGCUGUUUGGCUCCAGUCCGCAUUCGCAGGGCCGUCACAUUGGCUGCCUGGAUCCCGCCUGCGAUAUCUCCGAUGUGGUGCGCGACGCCUACGAGAACGCGCGCUUCCUCUGUGAUCAGUACUACUUGACCAGUCCGGCUCUGGAGAUCCAGCAGCACAGCUCGACCGAUGAGGGCAUACCCAUACGCACUGUCUACGUGCCUUCGCAUUUGUACUAUAUGCUCUUUGAGCUGUUUAAGAACUCGAUGCGCGCCGUUGUCGAGCAUCACAACCAGGACAGCUGCGACUCGCUGCCGCCGCUCAAGGUGCACAUCUGUCGCGGCAAGGAGGACAUAUGCGUCAAGAUCUCCGAUCAGGGCGGCGGCAUCCCGCGCUCCCAGUCCGAUCAGCUGUUCAAGUACAUGUACAGCACGGCGCCUCAGCCAUCCAAGUCGGAUCUGCACACGGUGCCGCUGGCUGGCUAUGGCUACGGCCUGCCCAUCUCCCGGCUCUAUGCUCGCUAUUUCCAUGGCGACAUUGUGCUGCUGUCCUGCGAGGGCUUUGGCACCGAUGCCAUUAUCUACCUGAAGGCACUUUCCGAUGAGGCCAACGAGCUGUUGCCCAUCUUCAAUAAGACGAGCUCAAAGUUCUAUAGGGCCACGGUGCCCACAGGUGACUGGUCCAAUCAGAACUUUUCCAAUCGUUGGCGUUAUUUAUAUGGUUUCUUGAAAAAUUUAUGAAUACUCUUGAAAGACUGCACCAAUUGUAUAGGGUAUUUCAACUACAGCACUGCUUAGGAAACUAUUCAAUUUACAAUUUUUAAUUAAUUUUAGUUAUUUAUAAAUGAAAAGUAGAAAUUAUACAAAUUAUAUUUAAAGAUGGAUAAGGAUAGAGGCUAACGAAUAAUUCGGUCGUGAAUUUGAUGAGAGGCAACUGAAACUCAAUUCAGACUUUUCUUAUAAAGAUUUAACUUAUUUAGUUAUUAAAUUAAAAUUUUGAUUUGCUUUAAAUAAAACUCUAUAAAGAACUCUUGUCCACUAUAUACCCUGUAAUGCUGCUAAUGGUGUUGGUUCAAGCACAAAGCCCACACAAAGCAUUUAAAUUUUAGGAAUUUUGAUUGUCUAACUGAAUUAAUUGAUUGAUUGCAGAGCUCGGACAUGAAUGCAAGGCAGCUAAAUGCGACCAUAUCGAGACGCUACAGCGACUUGGAAUAGAGAAUCGUCAU